AUGAAGUUCGCCUUUGCUUUCGUCCUGAUCGCUCUGUUCGCGGUGAUUACGAUCUCCCAGGCUAUGCCUCAUCCCGAGGAGGCCGCGGCUGCUCCUGCCAACAACGAUGCCUCCGCCAACGCAAAGAUCGAACUGAAAUUGUCUCCGGAAGAGCUCGCUGCGCUUGAGGCUAUGGGAGGCCGUAAAAUCAACUGGGGGAAAGUGUUUAGCAUUGCUGUCAAAGUUAUUCCUAUACUUUUGGGAUAA